AUGGCUUGCACCAGGAGAACCAAAACUUUGGUGUCCACAUGCGUGAUCCUGAGCGGCAUGACCAACAUCGUGUGCCUGCUCUAUGUCGGAUGGGUCACCAAUUACAUCGCCAACAUUUACAUCAAGGUGCCGAUGCCUUUAGCGGAGAGAAAGUUGGAGGGUGACAAGAAAGGGGACACCAUUCGGAUCAUGGAGAGGCUCGAUCGGCUGGAGAAUGUGGUCAACCAGCACAUACAAGAGACUCCAGGGAGGGGAGAGGACGGUCAGGCGGACACAUCAUUCUCUGACUCAUCGCUGUUCGCUCACUGGGGUCAGGAGCUGGGUCCGGACAACCGACGGGUGGCACUGAAGAUGUUCCAGUACUAUGGAUAUAAUGGCUACCUCAGUGAUCGUCUCUCUCUAGACAGGCCAAUACCAGACCUGAGGCCUGAUGGGUGCAGGAACAUCACUUAUCCUUUAAACCUCCCUCAAGUGAGCAUUGUGUUCAUCUUUGUGAAUGAAGCCUUGUCCGUCAUCCUGCGGUCCAUUCACUCCGCUAUCAACCGGACGCCCUCCACCCUUCUCAAGGAGAUAAUCCUGGUGGACGACAACAGCAAUAACAAUGACCUAAAGGAGAAGCUGAUGGAUUUUGUGUCCGAGACAAACAGCCAGCGUCCGGGCUUCAUCAAGGUGGUGCGGCAUUCCAAGCAGGAGGGUCUGAUCCGGUCCAGAGUGAGCGGGUGGAGGGCUGCCACCGCCCCAGUCGUUGCCCUGUUCGAUGCCCACGUUGAGUUCAACGUCGGCUGGGCUGAGCCCAUCCUGCAGAGAAUUAAAGAAGACAGAACCCGCAUAAUCUCCCCAUCAUUUGACAACAUCAAAUACGACACGUUUGAGAUCGAAGAGUAUCCGCUGUCAGCCCAGGGCUUUGACUGGGAGCUUUGGUGUCGCUACCUCAACCCACCCAAGUCCUGGUGGCACAAGGGCAACAAGAGUGCACCAAUCCAGAGCCCGGCCCUGAUUGGCUGCUUCGUCGUGGAUAGGCUGUACUUUGAGGAGAUUGGCCUGCUGGAUGAGGGGAUGGAGGUGUACGGGGGAGAGAAUGUGGAGCUUGGCAUCAGGGUGUGGCAGUGUGGCGGCAGUGUUGAGGUCCUGCCCUGUGCCCGCAUCGCCCACAUAGAGCGUGCUCAUAAACCCUACACCGAGGACCUGACGUCUCAUGUGCGGCGAAACGCCCUCAGAGUUGCGGAAGUUUGGAUGGAUGAGUUUAAGAGUCACGUCUACAUGGCCUGGAAUAUUCCCAUGGAGGACUCGGGGAUUGAUAUCGGCGACAUCUCUGAGAGGAAGGCUCUGAGGAAGAGGCUGCAGUGUAAGACUUUCCGUUGGUACCUGGUCAACAUGUACCCCGAGAUGAGGAUGUACAGCGACACCAUCGCGUACGGAGUGCUGAAAAACUCCCUGAAGAAUGAUCUGUGUCUGGACCAGGGGCCCGACAAUGACAACACACCCAUCCUGUAUCUCUGUCACGGGAUGACACCUCAGAAUGUGUACUACACCAGUACUCAGCAGCUCCACAUCGGCCUCCUCAGCCCCACCGUUGACGACGAUGACAACAAGUGCCUGGUGGAUGUGAACAGCAGACCGCGCCUCAUCGAGUGCAGCUACGCCGCCGCCAAACGCAUGAAGCUCCACUGGCUCUUCACUCAGGGAGGAUCCAUUCAGAACAGGAAAUCAAAGAGAUGCCUCGAGCUUGUAGCGAGCAGUGACAAUGAGUUCGGCUACCAACUGGCUCUGCAGAAAUGUACUGGACAGAAAUGGUUCAUCACAAACGUGCUGUUUAGCAGCUCCUUAUAAUCAACUGCUGAAAGGAACACGGCAGUGAAUAGCACACCGGACUGGAUGGAGAUGUUUUCUUUUGUGUGCACAUGUAUAUGCGUGAGUCAGCGUGUGUGUGUGUGUGUGUGUGUGUGUGUGUGUGUGUGUGUGUGUGUGUGUGUGUGUGCGUGUGUGUGGAAGGAUACGACGGAAAAGUGGUGCCCGUUUGAACAAAUGUUAGUUUGAGCACCACGAUGUCCGCUGACAAGCAGUCGACAUCACAUCAUAAAUGUUAAACAUUUUAUUUUGCCUACACGAUCAGCCAGAGUUGGCAAAUAUUUUGCAGAUUUGAAAAGGUAGAAUAUUUAGUAUAUUUUGUGGUAAAUACAGUACAGUCAGAUUUUUGUUGACUUGGGUCCAAUAUGUUUUUGUACUGUUAAUAUUUGCUACUGUGUAGCAAGCUUUCUGAACUCGUCCCUGCUGUAAUUAUUUUGAUUUAGUGUCUCAGGUUUGUAGGUUUAUUAUGCGAUUCAGCUGUAUAGUCGUGGGAAAAUGUUGGAACAAAUCCAAAAUGACAGAUUAUUUUCUAAGUGUUGAUAUUUCCAAUUAUUUGUAAUAUGUAACAGUAAAAUAACUCCUGUAAAC